AUGCCUUUCUGUGAACUUUUUAUACCUGUUGAUUCAAGUACAACAGAAGAUAAUCUUUCAAAAUUAUUAAUUUCAUGUUUUGAUCUUGGUUAUGAUCGAGUUGUUCUUUCUCAAACGGAUAAUUUACGUGCGUCGAAUUCGAAUUCAUCUUCAGCGAAAAAAAAGAAACAAAAAAUCAGUGAAACCGAGCUAGUUACGACAGCAUCAUCAUGGACAUGUCCCAAACGAUUUGUUGCUCGUAUACCUGAUUUAAUUAUCCAACGAUGUCGUUCAACAAAUCGCAAAUUUCGUCUUUAUUCUCGUAUCAACGUAAUUGUUCAUGACAAUCAAUCAUUGCAUUAUUUGAAACGUGCAGACGUACAACAGCAUUUUGAUAUAAUUUCAUUGCAACCAGCAUCCCGCGAUAUUCUUCUCUAUUUACUCAGUUCAACAACUAUACAGCAUGAAUUACUUGUGCUUGAUCCAAGUGAUGCUGAACUUCUGCCAUUUCCAACAAAACUAAUGCGUGCAACUGCUGAACGCGGCGUUACAUUUGAAUUGAUCUACAGUAAUGCAUUACGAGAUUCAUUUGAACGACGAAAUUUACUUGCAUUCGGUCGAUCACUUGCAACGAAUAUUUUUAAACACGGACAAUCAAUUGUAUUUAGUUCAAAUGCAAAAAAUCCAUUACAAAUUCGUUCGCCAUAUGAUAUGAUGGAAAUCGGACAAUUGUUUGGAUUCAAUCAAGAAAUAUCAAGAAAAUUGGUCGAUCAAAAUCCUAUGGAUGUUCUAGCACGUUCUUUUAGUCGAAAACAAACUGUACAAGGAACAGCAUGGUUGGAAACAGCAACAGAUGAGAAAGAAGAAGCAACAACAGUUAAACCAUUUGUAGCGACUGAAACCAUUCUUCUUUAG